AUGGAAAAAAGCCCAAGAAAGAAGAUUAUUGUCGCUUUGACUGGUGCAACUGGUGCUGUCAUAGACAUUCAAAUCUUGACAACGCUUCGACAUUUAAACGUUGAAACACAUUUGAUCAUUAGCAAGUGGGCCGCUGAGACCAUCAAAUAUGAAACAGAUUACACACCAGCCGCCGUUCGAGCGCUUGCAGAUUAUGUCUACAACCCAAGCGACUUGGCCGCACCGAUCGCCAGCGGCUCCUUCCAUGUAGACGGCAUGAUUGUUGCUCCUUGUUCAGUCAAGACAUUGGCCGCCAUUAAUGCUGGUAUUUGUGAUGACCUCAUCACUCGGGCUGCAGAUGUCUGUCUGAAGGAGCGAAGAAGACUGAUAUUGUCACUGAGAGAGACACCACUGAGCGAAAUCCACUUGCGUAACAUGAUGGAAGUAACUCGGGCUGGUGCAAUUAUUGCACCUCCUGUUGUUGGAUUCUAUACAAGGCCAAGCUCUGUGGAGGAUAUAUUAGUUCAAAUGGUUGGCCGAUUGCUUGAUCUGUUUGGGCUGGAAGCUGGCAACUUGCGAGAUGGGAGGAUACUAUAA